UCUCACACUUCACAAGCUAGUAACACCAUUUGGUGAAAAUCUUUUGCUUCUCUCGAGAAAAAAACUUAAGAAAAAGAAAAAGAAAUUUGCCUUAUUUGUCUAAUCUGUUUCCCAUUUCUCCAGGGAUCAAGAUUCAGAUUUUCCUGUUUAAGUUGGCUGGGCCUACACAUAGUUUAAAGGCUGAUUAUUUAUUUUGGACAUCGUUUCCUUGAUAAGCUUUAGUUAUGAAUUCUCGUUCACAUCAGCGAGGGAAUAGCACGAGGAUAAAUGAUAUCGAAGAGCAGGCUCCCGAGGUUGGCAAAGUUGCAUUUCCAUGGGAUUGGAAUAUAAUAAUUAUAUUGGUGCGCAUGAUCGCAUUAUCACUGGAACCCUUGUUCUUGUAUGGUCUCAUGAUCAAUGAAUACAAGAAAUGCGUUGAGAUAGACAGAAAGUUGGGGAUCACAGCUAUAGUUUUGCGAUCUUUCCUUGAUAUCAGUUACCUAGUGCUGCGAUUUCAUACUGGGUUUUUAGGCAACCAAUUUCGGAAAUAUAGAAGAAAAUUAAAAAAUAAGUUACACGCAGAAAGAAAAGGAGCCGCGUCAAGACCAACGGAGACCAUGGCCUCCACUGACCCAAUCGACUCCUCCCACUCAACACCUGUUAAAGAUCUCAGAAAAUAUUUCUUGCAUCAACACCUUCUGUUUGACAUUUUAGUUUUUCUUCCCAUCCCACAGGUGGUAAUGUUAUGCAUACUCUUAGACGUGAGAGCCAUGAAAUCUUUAAAAACAUUACAGAUCUUAAACAUUUUUAUUUUCUUCCAAUAUUGGCCAAGAGUUUUUCAAAUUUACCUGCCAAGGAAGGAUAUGGGAUCAAAUCAUGAGAUUCUUGGUGAAAGGCGAUGUGUCCUAGGUCCACUGGAUUUCUUUCUAUACAUCAUUGCCGGCCAUGUAAGUUUGAUUGUGUAGAAAUUUCAUAUUCAU